UAUGUUCGAGAAUGGUUGGGUUUGAUGGCGUGUAGUGAUAUUGUUGAAGUUGACGAGACUGGUGAGAAAUUUUGGAUCAAGAAAGAGCGAAUACCACUGAUGACAGGCGAUACUAUGAGUAAAAUGUUCGUCUAUCUACAACAUCUUCCGAUGGUCGGAAAAGUUUACUCACAGCUAUCCGAAGUGAUGAGGAUUGACGGACCACUUGGUUUGGACAAUGAUGUAUUCGAUGAUUUCCAUUUACGUAUGUCAGCAUUCUCAGAAGUUAGACAUAAAAAAUUUUUGAUCAAUGAUUAUUUGCCGCUUACCGGAAUGAAGGAAAAGUUGGAAAACGAAGUGUGUCAAGUUCUGGAUGUGGGAUGCGGUAGAGGAAUGCAUGCAGCUGAGUUCGGUGAUUCACUUCAAAUUUUUUUAUUUGCUCUCCACACUUUUUAA